UCAAACAUUCAUUAUUUAAGAAAAAUAUGCGUGGUGAGGUCUUUUGUACCACCGCGUAGUGGCUUUCUCUCUAAAACGGCCCCCAACAGUUAAAAAUAGUUAAACAACGAUGGGUGUAGUUGUUCUAUUUUGAAACCAUAUAUUCUUACCGAAAGCUUGCUUUUUCAUUUUCCUAAACAUUCUUUUCAUUUCUAAAACAGGGUUUAGGUUAUCUUGGUGUGAAAAGUAUGAAGGACAAUCUUGUUUUUCCUGYAAAAUGAACCAACAGAUAACAGUAAUGCAUAAACACAAUCGUAUGACCCUGAAGUCACAACGUAACGCUUUAUUUGCAUAUGUUUWUGACAAAAAAUGUCACUUUUCUGACAGUAAACUGACCGCGWUGUGAAUYGAAUCGCCUUGUACCUGUUGUUCUAUACAACAUGGCGGAACGGAAUAUAAUUCUGUGUGUUGGCUCGCGAAGGGACCCACACGUUAAYGAAGUCCAAGCUUACCUUAGAGGCAUAAACAGCGAUCUGAAGUUAAUACUUUUCAACCCUUUAUGUGUUAACCACUAUAUCGAUAUCACGGUGACAAACAGCAGCUCUAGCUGUGUUAUAACCACUGGAGAACAYCAAACYAUKGCCGAAUCUGUUCGAGCUGUUUGGUACCUUUGGCACCCUAGGAAAUUCUCGGAUGGAGACUCGUUCAAUGGUGCUUUUAUCGCUAAAGAUUUCGCGUUGGAGGAGUGGACCAAUGUUAUGCAGUCACUUCAAGCGUUUUUGCCUCGUGCAAUAUGGAUGAACAAGAUYAAAAGUGUUCAACAGAUCAAAAGUAAAGCUUUUCAAUUGCACUUGGCUCAGGCAUGUGGUUUGAAGAUUCCCUUGACGAAGAUAACUAAUGAUCCUGCUUCGGUUCAAAGCUUAUUUGCGUGCCGUGGAACUGAGUCACCUGUCCGAUUGGUGUCCAAGCCCCUCACACCUCUAUACAUCCCACCCACUAAACGAGUUCGCCCUCGAGAAAUCAGCUUAAAUUACGCGACUGACGCAUCUUCAACCAUUUCAAUCUUUCCUGGUGUUUUCCAAGAAUUGAUUGAAAGAAAUGUUGACCUUUGCGUGAUUGUUGUGGAUGAUAAAGUUUUCUCUGCUCGUGUCCAUCCUAAAAAGUCUUUUGGUCCACCAAAGAGUACAACCCUGGCUGAURAUGAGAUGCUUGGCGAGUGCAAAAUCUCCGAAUACUUGGAGAAAUGCAUCUUGAGUUUUCACCGCAAAGCAGGCCUUUUGUUUGGAGUGUAUGAUUUUUUAGUGUUGGAAAAUAAUGAGGUGGUAUUCCUGGAUUGUAAUCCUUACGGUUCCUGGCUUGCUUUGGAGUACUCCACUCAAAUGCAAAUUACCAGAGCUGUAGCUGAGACCCUUGCAGGAACCGUACAGAACGGACAGGCUUUGAAAGAGUUUGAAAACCUAUGACUGAGAAUAUUUCAACUAAAUUCAUAAUUUAAAUUUGAUAAAUUGUUACACGUUUUGAAAUCAGAAAAAAUGAGGGACUUCAGAGACUGAGAUAUAUAUGAAAAUAGAAAUAGAGGAAAUGAAAGAAAGAAAAGAACUAAAAAAAAUGGAAGAGAAAACAUGAAUAAAACUGGAUUGAAUUA